UCUGUGUGUUUUUGCCUUAGGACUUCUCCGCGACUGCUUUGUGUAGCAACACAACAGAAAAAUAGUGGCCAGAACUUGGAAGAAGACCACACUCAGAGCCAAAAUGAGCAGAAGGUUGAACCCAGCUCUGCUGAAAAAAGGUUAACUGAAGAAAAGGUCAAACUGGAAGAACAACUAAAAGAAGUUACUGACAAGUACAAGCGUGCCUUGGCAGAUGCAGAAAACGUGAGGCAAAGAAGCCAGAAGCUGGUAGAAGAGGCAAAGUUAUAUGGGAUUCAGAGCUUCUGUAAGGACUUACUAGAAGUUGCAGACAUUUUGGAGAAAGCAACAGAAAGUGUUCCAAAAGAAGAAAUUAAGGAUGAGAAUCCUCACUUGAAGAGCUUAUACGAAGGUCUCGUUAUGACAGAAGUACAGAUUCAAAAAGUGUUUAAAAAACAUGGCCUGCUCAGACUGGAUCCUGUCGGAGCCAAGUUCGAUCCCUACGAACAUGAAGCGUUGUUUCACGCUCCCAUGGAAGGGAAGGAGCCGGGCACUAUCGCAUUAGUAUCCAAGAUUGGCUAUAAGCUGCACGGGCGUACGCUGCGGCCAGCCUUGGUGGGUGUUGUGAAAGACCCUUAGCUGCUUAAUCCGAAAAUUUAAAAUGCCAUACAACUAUUAAACAGCGGGAUGGUUUUUCUCUGACACCACGCUUUCCUCAUUCCUCCACCCCCUGAGAGGUUUAAAUGAAUUGGUUGAGAUCUCCCAGUGACAAUGAAGCAACUGAUUAAAUUCUCCUGCUUAGCAGCCUUCAGAAUCACUGUUCUGUAAGCUCUCCUCCUGAGUGUGAAAUACAAGAGCUGUUAAGCCCUCUAAUGCUUUAGAUGAGGUAACGUUUCUUACAAGUAUUGCUACCGAAGGUGCGUUAAGUUGAAAGGGAUGAAAUGCUCACAAGAAUUUUGCAAUGUCACGUUUAUCACGAUGUGUACGUUGAAUAUCCAAAUAGUGGUUCAAACACUUCCUUUUGUUUUGUAGAACUACCAUUGCAGAAGUGGGUGAGCUAGUGCAAACAACCUGUUUUCUGCAAGCAGCUGUCAGCUUUUACACACUGAGAUCAUAAAUGUCCUUUUUUGUUUAGUCAGAAAUAAUCUCUCUUGAGAACUGAAAUUGAAACCUUUGUGAAUUCUGACCUGUAAAUAAAAGGCAAUGGAGAGUAGAAAUCUCCUGUAAUUGUUCAACCCUUUUUGUUCUGUACUAAUGUUGUCUCAAGAAAACCAUCUAAUACUUGUAUGGCAUCGAAGAACCAAUAGAAUUUAUCCUAUCUCUGGAUUCUUAAUUUAAUAUUGUAUAAAUUGGUUUAA